AUGGCAUGGACAAACGAUCAAGUGAUGGAAACGAAUCUCGAACGGUGUUAUCAGUUGGAUUUUGACUGGGAGUUGAUCCCGAAGAAGCUUCAGAAUGUAAGUUGUUCUAUACGCAUCAUCUUACCUCAAUUAUUCAUAUUAAAUGUAUGAUUUGAUUGUGGGAAUAUCAUAUACAUUUACAAAAUGAUUCACUUUUUUUUCCCAAAACAUUUUCGUAAAGAUAUGUGAAAUCUGGGGAAAGCGAAUGAAGCAGCAGAAGACAACAGUGUUACUGGCGCUUGUGACGGUGGUUUCAUUUGUUUUGGGCCAUGCAUCGGUGACGGUUAAAGAUGGUUGGGAUGAGCCUAUUGUUAUAUGGUUAGCAGUUGUUCUGAAAACAGGUAUACCUCAAACCAAAACGCUUUAUAUCCUAUCUUGAUUGCAGCAGUAUACUUCUAUUUUAUUUCAUAUAACCAUGGGCAUGGACACUUGCAUUGUUAAAGUUAUUAUGCACAUGUUCUCACAGGCCGUUCUGCAUGAUUAUAACUUUUAUACCACUGAAUGUGCAAAUUUUCUGUCCGAUUCUAAUGACUAAGGGCAGGCUAGGGUCAAACGUGUAACUUUUCAUGCGCCAAACCUAAUGCAAAUGAAGUGAAAUAAAGAACUUAGCUCAUUAACAUUACCUUCGGCGCAUCAAAAGUUGGACGUUUCACCCUCGCCUAAAGGCCAUUUUCCAUUGCAGUCGCUUUGCCCGCGCGGGCGGAGCGAACAUUACUCAACUUUCUUCUGCAUGUACUUGCCUAACCUGUGCAUUUUUUUGUCCGCCUCAAGGCUGGCGGACACGCGCCCUGUAGGUAGAAUUACAUUCAACUUUCUUGGCGUGCCCAGGCGACUAACUUUUCACGUGAUUAAAAUUUGAUGGAAAAUGACCUUAAGGCGAGUGUUGACACCGCUACAAUAUUGCAGCUAUCUUGGUCAAGAUUUAAAAUUCCGUUUCCGAUAUCUACCUUCAUCAAACUUCAUCUCUAACUGACUUAAUAUAAUAUCCUUACUUCUAUAUCCCAAACAUAUUAAUGCUAGACAGAAAUAUUUUAUUGCCCAUAACAUAAACGCGAAACAAUUCAAAUAGGCCGCUGAGAUUAAAUUAUUUCUAAUACAUGGCGUGCAAAUGGCAUGUGCCUCUCUUCUCCCGCCCGCACUAAACGCCUGCUACGCAGGCUACAUGUGACUUUUACUUCGGUCGCCUGUUGAACACGAAAAAUAAAUGUGGAAUUUCAAAGCGAUCCAUGCCGAUGUUUUUUUUUUCGGUUGAUUAUAUAAAGGACAGUCUUUGAAAAGCCAUAAUUUUUACAGAAAAGCGAUAAUUGAAAACCCGAUAAUUUUCGAUGUGAAAUUAUCAUAAACAAUCUCACAUUUGAGAUUACAGUUUUAUCAGUGCUCCAAAUCUCUACAAAGCACUAUACUUUAUACAGUAUAAUAAAAGCUUUUAGUAUAUUAAUUAUAUUGCUUUAUAAACAUUUCGAGCACUCAUCAAACUGAUAAUCUCACAUGUGACAUUAUUUAUGAUAACUUCACAUGUGAGAAUCAACGCUUUUCAAUUAUCGCUUUUCUGUAAAAAUUAUAUCGCUUUUCAAAGACUGUCCUUUAUAUAAUGAACAGAAAAAUACAUUCAUGCUUGGAAAUAUCAGAUUUCUUGGUUUCUUUUCAUGAACAUGAUAUCUCACUCAUUCGCUGCGCUCAAUCUUCAUAUAUCAUGUUCAACACUCCAAAUAAACCUGCUAUUUCUGCGCACCCAUGACCAUGUAUUAUUCUCUAUAUAUCUGGAAUAAAAAAUGCGUCUAAGUGGUCUUCUUUAAAACUUGACGUUUUGUCAUUUCAUUAAAUUUGCGUGGGUUUUAACUAAAACACCGCCUUUGCCAAAACGCGUGUAAGCAAUUACCUUUUGCACACUAAGUGCAACCUCAAAUGUCUUCAAAUUCUCGCAAAUUUCAUGCUGUGUAUAGGCUAAUAAGCAAUCGCCAAUGCUCAAAUGAUAUUUAACGGCGAACUGAUCGUUAACAUUAUAGCAUUGCCACAUAUUGCAUUGCUUUGUUAUAUUGAACACGCAUGGAGUUUAUAACAUAGACUGUAUUAAUCGAAUGGAAGCUAAUGUGUCCUGUGUCCAGUUGGUCCUCUGGUUCUGUAAAUCUUGAACGUUCCCUCGUUUCUAGUACUAUACACAGGACGAAAAAAUAGAUUUGCUCCAACUUUGCAACCCCCUGCAAAGGUGCCAUUGCCGUAAUCGCAUCAAAUUUGCUAUUGUGCAAAUUUUGUUCAAAUUUGGAAAGCAAAUUGGUAAAUAAAUUUUUACCCUCAUAUUGGUAAAUACAAUUCUCUUUUUUGAGAGGGAAUGGGUAUAGGAUAAAUUUGGCUCGAAUUACCUUUCAUUUGCACAAGUGAAUUUGUGGGUAUUUUCGUCCAUAAUUUGGUUUCUAAAUUUGCCAAAAUAUUUGCAACCUUGCAAAUUUGAUGCGAUUACGGCAAUGGCACCUUUGCACCGGGUUGCAAAGCCUAGUGCAAAUCUGUUUUUUCGCCCUGUGAUAUGUACAGCUAAGAAUUGGUGAUUAUAUGCGACACAUUGCUCCGUGAGAAAUAUUUUUUCAGCAUGCCCCAGAAUACAUAGAGAAUAAUACAUGCAUGGGUGCGCGGAAAUACCACAUCUAUUUCGAGUGUUGAACAUGAUAUCUCACGAGUGAGCGGCAGCGAACGAGUGAGAUAUAAUCUUCAACACGAGAAAUAAAUGUGGUAUCUCCAAGCGCCCAUGUAUUUUUCUGUAAAUUAUAUAAACAAAAUUCAGUGAAAAACAAUAAACAGGGACCGCGGAGACGGGGGGCUGGGGGGGCUUUAGCCCCCCCCCCACUUUUUUUGACAGCCAAAAUUAUUAAAAUAGAAAUCUAAAUGAAACUUUCUGAAUUAAUUAAUUGGGGGUUUUAUUGAUGAUUUAGCCCCCCCCCCCCACUCUCUAAUACGCUCCGCGGGCCCUGAUAAAACGUCCGUGGCAAUGCGUUUUACAACAAAUUAUAUUUUCACACAUGAAAAUAUCGUAUUUUUUACGUGUAUUUACAUACGAUUUUUGUCAGUGGCCGAAAAUUCUAUAUAACAUAUUUCAUUAUAUAAUUAAUGUAUAUCUGCAUCUUCAUGUGUAAUCCUUCCUUCCGGAAGACAAGCAAUAAAACUUUGCUGCGCUCAAAAUAAAGUCAACUAGGCGUAGGGCGCACCAUGACUGGCCAGCCACAGGAAACUGAGGAAACGAUAUGACGCAAUUAAUUUAAGCAAACAAUUAUAUGCAUGACAACUUCUCUUAUUCAGACAAAAAAGUCCCCCCACAUGCACACUGGUAAACACUUCCUGACUACAUAGUCUAUUCAACGAGGUUUAUGUCCUGCGCGCGUACGCGCUAAUUUUAUACCUGCUUUGAAUUGAUUUCAGCUCUACUUCAUCAAGUUAUACAUUAUUAAUUAUUUAUUUAAUGCUGGCAUUAUGUGUAUGGUUGCAUUUAGCCGAACAUGCAUUUCUUAUAUAUAGAUUGGUUACAGCCGCUAGCUAUUAAAGUGUGAAACAUUGCCAGUUUGUUACAUUAAAAAUUAACUUGCUAUAUAACAGGUUGUUACGGGUUUCAAAUAAAACGACAAUAUUUAUAAAUAUAAAUCACGACUUAAUUAUUUUGGACUGCUUUUUCAGCCUUUCAACCUUUCAGCUAAUUUUGUCACGGUUUGCGAAUUAUAUACAAUGCAGGUUAUUUCUUUGCCUUAAACUACCGUAAUUUAAUUGUUACCCAUACCAAAUUAUGUUGUCCGCGGCUAAAUGUAGAUAAUGCUGAAAUUAAAUAACCAUUAUUUAACAUUUGCACCAAUCCAGACCUGAUAACGGUAGCAAUUGAACAAACGUGCACGGAACGGAUAAACUAACUGGCUUUGCCAAGGCGGGGACAGUUAUCGUAAAGAAACUCAGCAGCUAUAUAGCAAGAAAAAAAUAUUGCCAAAUUGUGAAUUAAAUAUAUAAAUUUGACAAUUGCAGUUGUACAGAAUAUAAUAUUUUUGCCUUUAUUACAAAGACAAAGUCCUCAAACAUACACCGUACCGCAAAAUAUUUACUGCUCAUUUCAGACCAUCCAAUUUAUUCGGUGGACUUAUAGACCCGUGCAUCAUUUCAAUCUUAAAAUAUGUUUGUUUGUUUUGUCCGUCGGAAAUCAUGAUUUUCAAACAAAGGUUACCGAAUAAAAACUCCAGUUACCAAACACUGAUGAUGUUACAAACCAAACAUGAUGAUACAUUUAUGCAUGUAGUGCUAUGCUAUGCUGUCAACUGCAUUUGCCAUUCACCCUACAUUAUAGUUGCAUUUCAGUGUCACUACCUAUGUCUGUGUACUCUCAUUUCAUAUGUGCUUUCCAUCUGCGAGUACAGAUUAUUCGUUGCUGGUUCCAACUGUAACGAAAAUAUGCGGACUUCACAGAACCUUUCCCCGUUACAAACACAAAACUUUGAUCGUUAAAUCACUAAAAUACUACAGGUUUACACGCGUGACACCUAGCGAACUUCGUGGCCACCAAAUAGCGUACCCGGCAAACUGUAACAUACUUGCCUUCUGCUAAGUUCCAUUACCGCCGUAAUGUUUAAAGUGAUUUUGCCUGUUUCAGACAAGAUUAUUGGUUUUACACGCAACAAUUUUCAUGCAAUUUCAUUCUAAUGCAAAUCAGUUCAAAAAGCAGUUUGCAACAUUACAUUUGGCAUUUGCCACAUGAAAAUUUACACAUCUAAAACAUGCCUUAAUUUAUAAAUCAGUUUAUGAAAAUAUAAAUUUCUCCUAACAUAAAUACAGGAAUCGACGGCGGUUAAAAAUACGUGUAGAACACGUACGGAAAUUUUCAUUUAUUGCGAAACGUCCCAGAUUCAUGUGCAUGUCGCGCCUUGCAUUGCCAGUUAACACGCACUGCCACUGCGAAGUAUUUUUUAAACAUGCAGUUAUUAUCAAUCAAUAACUUAGUUCUUCCACUUCACUUGGUGGAAUUAAUAUUAGGAUGUUAAGGUUUGUAAUCCAAGUGAGAAGAUAUACAUUUUAAGACCUAACCAGGAACGACUGCGAAAAAUGCAGCACAAAGGUCCUCUGGUAGGAAUCGAGCCUACGGCCCUGCGAUUCUGGAGCAGCGCUCUAACCAACUGAGCUACAGAGGCCAGCUGUUGAGCUGUAACCGUAAGUUCAUGUAUACAUAUAGCCCGCGCACCCGAUUACCUAUAUAUAUACAUGAACUUACGGUUACAGCUCAACAACUGGCCUCUGUAGCUCAGUUGGUUAGAGCGCUGCUCCGAAAUCGCAGGGCCGUACGUUCGAUUCCUACCAGAGGUAUGUUGUGCUGCAUUUUUCGCAGUCGUUCCUCGUUAGGUCUUAAAAUGUAUAUAUUCUCACUUGCAUUACAAACUCUAACAUCCUAAUAGUUAUUAUCAAUGCCCCGCAGUGUCAAAGACUAUAAGGCGUAUUUCGUUAUUUUAUCGCUUAGCCGUGUCUUUUCCAUUCAUUAUCCAGUCCAAACGACGUGUGUAAUUCUUUAGUUUUCCGAGUUAAAAAGCACAAAGUUCGUCCUUUCCAUCAUGCAUCACAUGCCUCAGUCUACUGACCUAUAUAAUUCUAUGUACUUAUUGACGCGACUGGGUAUACCAUUUUCGUUUUUUAUCUCUCCUUUCCAGCCGCGUCUCUUUUUCUAUUAAUAUUACAGUCACUCGAAAUUUGCACAUUUACACAUAUGUUAAGAUGUUAUUUAAUCUGUGUCAUCACGAACGCGUGUUUCCAAAACCUAUAUGCAUUUCAUAGUAAUUUUAACGACUUUUUAAAACUGAGAGUUCAAGCAGUACUCGUCCGCAUGUUGUCGAAAUUACUAAUUCUUAAAAUCAAUUACUUUUUAACAGGAAGAUGCAAGUCUGCACUUCACAAAUUUAUUGAAAAUGUGAUGGAAAAAGUUAGCGACAAUGUCUCCAAAACGAAAAGGAAAAAUGGAAUAACACAAUGCCCUGGAACAAUGAUUCUUCCUCACUGCACUUGGGACAAGUUUGGAGACAUUUUGGCGAAUAAUGGAGGACGAUUAUAUGGACUGUUUGAUGAAUUAGUAUCAUUUUUCUCAACAAUGAACAUGUACAGUUCGUCAAAAUCUAGCGUUCAGGAUAACAGGGAAUAUCAAGAUUUCUUGAAAAUGUUCACAGGAAAAGCAAAAAACCGAGAGACUAGUAAGUUAUAUCUUUAUACAGACAAACUGUACUAUGCUGCAACAAGCUCUCUUUUAAUUAUUUAACCGUCCCAAUGUUUGUUUUAUUUCUAUAGUUACUGGAAACGCUAACUUCAAUAUGACGCAGACAACGUUUACUUUGCUUGGCUUCACUCAACCACAGACAGCUUUACCCAUAAUCCACAAUGCGGAAAACAAUGCGAAAGGUUUUACCUCCCGAAUUUUAUGGUACUUCCCAAAACCGCUUUUCAGACGUCUCGCUGAAUCAGAACUCACGGAAGAGGAAAAAGAAGCAUGUGACUGUUGGGAAGAAAAUCUAGGUAACUAUUAAAACUUCACUAAUAAAACUAUGGAAUAUUAUCAAUCAAUUUCAUUAGUUCCUUAGGGGGGGGGGGCGGGGCUGUGGGCCUUGAGCUCUCCAAAUAAUUCACAUUUGUAUAAGCAAAACACACAGAAGAAUUAGAAAAGUGCGAAAGCAAUUCAGAUUUAUUCAACAAAGUGAUUGAGUCCGCCCCCCCCCCCACAACAUUCCCUUCUCCAAACACAGGUAUUCCACUGCAAAAAAUCCUUCAGCACUUUCACUCAAAAACUUUAGUAAAAUGAUGCACCCACAGUUAUUCAAAAUUUUGAGUACAAUUACUCAAGUAUAAUUACUCGUAAAUUUACUUCAUAUUUCGAGUCACUGGAUGUUUGUAGAUUAUUCUACUCACGUUUUUUGAGUAAUUCUAAUAUGUGCUGUAUUUGCUGCGCCAGCACUUUCUGCACGUCGCAACAUUCUUGUUGACGACAUACAGUACUGCCACUGCCCUAUGAAACCAUAAAUUAUAUUCCAUUCGAUUUUCAAUUUUGGAUACAAAACCACCUAUAUUUGGCCCAAAUAUUACCAUGAUUAAUGCCUAUGGGUAUGCAUUCCCUUCCAAAACCAACAAAAAAUCUUAUAUCAAUUUUAUCAUGCAAAACAUAUUUAUUUUACUGCAUUUUUGAUAAUCCCCACCCCCAAAUUCCUUGUUUCUGAAUUUUUAAAAAUGUCCAAUCAGUACCAAAUGUCUGCCUAAAAUUAAUUAGAAUUUAACAUUUUGUAUUGUAUUGGAAUGCCAAUGAAUACAACAUGUCUUUAGUCGAGGAAUAAAGAUUUUGUUAUUAUGAUUAUUAACAUUAUUAUUAUUAUUAUCAUUAUUAUUAUUCUCAAUUAUUAUGUUCAUCUGUCCUCCACAACACUUAUUUGUAUGAAUUAGAACUUAUGAGAGUUCGAAAAUAUAAUUUGGUUAUUAACUAUUGUGGAUCCAUUUCAGUUCAGUUCCUCACAGACCUCUACAUAGAAGGAGAGGAAACCUUUUCCACAACAGAAGUUGGAAAGGUUGUCCAUGUAAAAGUCGAAAGGCAACAAAGCCGACUUUCCACAGAGGCUAAAGAUUUGUUUGCCAAAAUCCAUGACGAUUGGGAGAUCAACGUGUGCAAACAGCAUCAAUCCGACGUCCUUCUAAGCGGUUAGUUUAUACAAAAUGUUUUAUUUACAUAUGCCAGAUACAUGCCAAAUUUCUGUUAUCUCAGCUAACAUUGUGCGAUAAAAAUCAAAAACCGUGUACGAUUUCAAGGCUACAUUUCAAAACUUGUAGUAAAGGACUGAUUAACCUAGGUAACUGCACAAAGGUGUUCUUGCAUACAUUUGGGACAGCUCUAACACCAAUUACUGAUUAUCCUAAAAAUAAUUGUUUUCUCCAUUUUUGUAUUAUUGCCACUGCAUUACGUUAUCAUCUCUUUACUCUCUAUAAAUAUAUCUUUACUCUCUUUAAACGUCGCGAUCAAUUAAUAUUACUAAUUCAGGAUUAAAGUCCAAUCCCACCGAUCGUGAUUGUUUAUUCCACAUUCUAAUUAUCUAAAGUAGUGCAUGCCAAGUCAAUAUAAUUUAUAGUCAAUAAAAUAAGAAAACGUGGGUAUCAUAAUAUAAUUGAUUUUUGUGUAUGCCAUCAACAUCUCCCACUGCAUAAUCAUCAAUAUUAUUUAACUAUAUUUAUAGGCUUGUUUGCAAGAGGAAACAGUCACGUUAUUAGGUUAGCCGUGCCAUUGCAUUUCCUUUUCAAGGCCUUUCAAAAUGAGGACGAUUACAAAAUUCAAGACAAUGCUGUCGCCAACGAUCCAACCACUUCUGCUCCAGAUGAAAAUGACGUGCCCGAAUUGACUACUGAAGACAGCCCUUCUGCUUCAGAUUCGGAAAAUCCGCUCCCUGAUGAGGAUGAACGUGAUGACUGCACUACUAUUGAACGUCAUGCAAUAGAGGCAGCCCAGUCAAUUGUUAAGACGUGCCUUCAUCAUGUGUGUAAGUAACAAAUGCUUUGCCAUUGUCACAUGAUUUCCGUGGUGAUAUAACAUCGCUUACGUUGCCUAUUAAUAGUGCACGCAUGAUCAGCAUAGUAGCAGGUCAUAGAACUAGCUCGCUGUUUUUACUGUAUUCAUUAAAUACAAAUUUCCCGUCCUCAAUUGUUAAUAAUUAUGUCGUGUAAUGGCACAAAGCAAACACCACGCAAUAAUUGGUUGCCCAUGCAAACAUUCCCACAGCGGCUACAGCUAAUACAAAAAGUAAUCUGAAAAGGAAAAUAAACAUCUGUUUCUUAUACCAUUAUCCCCUAUUUCCCUUUGGUCUUCAUUAUCAUGCAUGCUUUUUGUCUACUUAUGAUUUUAUUUUAGGUAUUAUGAAUAACAACACAAGACUGUUAGUUAAUCGAGAGGAGGAUGAAGAUAUGCUUGAUAACCCUGUUGCCUGCAGCCAAUUUACAGCGGAUGAACAAAAGGGAUACGCGUCCAUUCUAUUGUGUCCUGGAUCAAUUGUGUCCCUAAGUCGACUCGUGGUAAAGGGAAAAUUCAAAAGAGUAAAAGUUGGCAAUUCAACUGGUGCAGCUGCUGCAGGAAAGCAUCUAUUUAAUGUCAUAUCUAAAAAAGGGUUAGCUCAAAUCGUACAGUUCAAAGUGCGCAGAAAUAAUACCUGGGUUAGUUGGGCAAUAUGUUUUUCGUUUAGCUAUAUAGUUCGCAUGAAUAUUUUAAAGUUCUAUAUAACAUGACUGUCUUUUCAGCGUUUUCAAACCUUUAAAAUCUUAUCAUGACUUUAAUGCCUUUCAUUUUUAGACCCGUACUGUAUGUUAUUAUAAAAUGUAUCAUAACUCCCUGCCACAGAUUUAUUGCACACUUGUGGAUCUUUGCACUGGACAAGUGAAAGUUUUUUCUGUGCGCAUUUGAACACUAAUCUAAUUAUCAAACAAUUAUAUAUUAUUUUUAAAACUGUGACGCUCCUUGACUUCAGCGCAUAAGUCAGGUUUUUCGUCCAGCUAACAUUUUUAGCUCGUCGCUUUUUCACCUACCAAAAUUCAACAUUGGCACGUUUGGAGAAACCUAUACUUAAUGCCUCCGCAGCGACUUAUGAUAUUCUAGUGUGCAGUACAAUCCUAUAGCUAUACAUAUAAAAAUGCGUAAUAAUAAACUAUUUCAAAAAUUUAGAGCAAUCAUAUAUUUAAUCAUUAUCCUGAAAAGUCUUCAAUUACGGGAAUCACUGAGUAUUUUGAUAAAAUACUCCGAAAAUUGAAAAAAAAUGGAAAAAUUUUUUCGACGUUUCCAUUAAACUAUAGUCAUCGUCAGGAAAUGAAUGAUAAUUCAUUUCAUUCAUUUCCUGAUGAUGACUGUAGUUUAGUCGAAACGUCCAAAUAAAUUUUUCAAAAUGCUUUCAAUUUUCGGAGUAUCUAUUGUUUUGUAUUCCGAAAAAUCUUAUUUAAUAAAAAUUUUCUUCUCAUUUAUUUUUUUAUAGUUUAUAAAUCUACUGUACGAAACAAUUUAAUUACCAGACUGAUAAACUUUUCUUAACUAGCCUUAUAAUAUUCAUUUAUUGUGCCCGCUAACAGAUACCUUUUGUUUCAGGUAUUGUUUCUCAAGAAACAAGCUGCUCCAGAUGAUUUGCAAGAGAGAAAAAAGUUUGCAAAUCUAUUAGCUUUCUUUGGCGUAAACGUAAGAGAUUACAUUGCGAAGUAUGAAGAAGAAAAUGAAGAAAGGUUAUUGUUAAUAAUUAUAUUCUAAUACAAUUUUUCAUGUUGCCCGUUUCAAAUAUUAUAUCACCAUUUUUCUAUUUUUCAAUUGACGUGCAUAUAUACCCAAUAUUCUCGCCAUGAACUAACUUAUCCUGGCUGUCUGAUAGCCAUAACCGGCACGGAAACAACAAAGAUGCAGAUUGAGAUGGAUUCCACUACCUGAAAAAUAUACAAGUAAAAUUCGGACCUUUCGUCUUUCGAGCGAAGGCCUUUUAUCCACUAACUUCCCGACGAAAUGCCUUUGCUCGAAACGUCCAAGUUUUACUUUAUUUUUCACGUAGUUCACUCCCCCCCCCCCCCCCUCCCUCAAUCCACAGCUUUCCGGUGUUAACGUUUUUGUGACUACCUAUACGCUGGCGAAUUUCUUUACGCAUCAAAAGAUCUCAAAACAAAUAUGUAACUUCGCCAACUCCUGACAAUUUUUACACACCACAUGUAUCACACUCAAACAACUUUCUUUCCUUUCAAUACUGGCUAACUUCGAUUUUUGUAAUUUUGAUAUAUAAACACCUACUUUUCCAUGCAAUAUCGAUCGACUUAUUAACGUUUAAAAUUGAAUGAACAUUUUUGAAAGUGUAUAAAAUUAGCGAAAAACGGCCAAUCAAAACAUUAAUACAGCAAUUAAUUGUGUUAAUUAAACAGCUAAAAUUGGUACGCACAGUUACUUUAUACACCUUCCGUGAUAACUUAUUUAGUGUGGCUAAAUGAGUUUAAGGGACAAAAUUUCCUUUCUUCCUUAUUAAACGUUUUUAUUCUUGCAACAUUAUAGUCAUUAUUCAUUAUAACAAUAUAGAGUUGAUGUUCGCGGCCAUAAAUAUGUUUUUGACCCGACUCACUCAUAUAUAUGCCCGCGAACAUCAACUGUAUUACAAUUACAAUAACUUUAUACGGUGAUUGCAGUACACUAUCAAAGAAAACAAAUAAACGGCAAAUAUUUACAAUAAUUGCAAUGCCAUUUUCACGUUAUACAUGUAUGCAUGGUUAUUUCGUUAUAUACUUGUAUUAACUGCAAAAUCAGUUUCUAUACGGAGAAAAACAAACUAAACUGUUGUCAAAAGACAAAAAGAGGAAUAAAAAUAGUUUAUACCGAUAAAUGAAGUUAUAAUUUGGUAUAAAAAAGCUAAUUUCGUUUGUUAAAGACAAGCGACCUAUGCAUGUUAUAUUUCACAGUUCACUUCUGCCACAACAGAAAUAAGUCUUCUUUUUCCUUAUCUUCUCCUUUGCUAUUUUUACAGCUAUUUGUCAGUAAAAUAAAAAUAACUGGUAUGGCCAGAUCCAGCUCAAAACAUUGCUGAAAACGACUGCCGGCGGACGUAAACAAUUUAAAAUUCAGCAUGCUAUUUUAGCCUGCUAAUUCAUUUAUUUUAGUCCGCAGAGCACGCCACAACGCCCACUAAAGUUAUUUACAAAAAUAAGGUUUACAAAAAUAAAGUUACAAAAACUUUAUUAAAAUUUACCUUAUUCAUUUUCAUUCUCAACGGUGAUAGAGGAAACAUCGUCAACUUUUAGUUCUAGUUAUUGAAGUGAACAUGCACUUCAAUGAAAUUCCCAAUACUUACAGUAUGAUAAAAUAGUAACAGUUUCGCAAUUACUUUAAUACGCUAUUUUUACACAAAUAUUCGAAAGUUCAUGCAAUUUUAAACAUGUGUAUCUCUGUCAAUACUAGAUGAAAAUAGAAAUGUUUUACAUCAAAAUUUAGGUCAGCCACCAUUCAAUUCAAACGAAUUUGUUUGACCAUACUUUAUUAAAACCAAAAACGUUCUUGUUUUUAGUGCAUCUCACCGUUUGGAGUUCGACAAAAGAGGAUCCGAAGAAGACUGCUCACCCUCACCUAAUAAAGUUAUGCGUGUGGAAGGCAACGUGGAUGAAUAA